AUGAUGAAACUAGUAAUGUUACAGGUCUCGAUUCCCCUGGAACUAAGGUUUGGGAUGGAAGAAAUAAUAGAAACAAGGCUGUUUCUUAUGGUCAUCACCCACUUGAAAAUUUUGAUAACCACAGUACAAAGAAAAGGAAUAAGAACCAUUCCCGCUACUCGAGAUCAUUCAGAACUCAAUCUGGCAGUAAAGGGUCUAGAACCGAUCACAAGACAUAGAUAUGGCAGGAAAUUGAGAGAUCAAGUUUUUUAUCCGGUGAUGGUUAAGACAUAUCCGGCUCUUCAAAAUAACAUGUGA